CCUCUUAUGGCUGGGAUGGCACGUGGGAAAGAAGUGGGGCUGGGAAUACUGAAGAGGAGUGAGUCUGGUGGAAGACGCACUUCCGGUUGGGCUCAGAGUAGGCGGGGCCAGUGGCCUCCCCGGCCUCCGGGCGGCCGAGGAACUCUGCCUGCCGAGCGGGACAGUGGUGCCCACCUCCUAACGGCGGUCACCAAGGGCGCCAAGGGCGGGAAGGGCAGUGUGGUCAGCGAGGCCCUGAAGGACCCGGAAGUGUGCACCGACCCCGUGCGGCUGGCCACGCACGCCAUGGGCGUCAACAUCUACAAGGCGGGCCAGGACGUGGCCCUGAAGCCGGACGCCGAGUACCCCGAGUGGCUGUUCCAGGUGAACGUGGGCCCCCCGAAGAAGCUGGAGGAGCUGGACCCCGAGACGCGGGAGUACUGGCGGCUGCUGCGGAAGCUCAACAUCUGGCGCCACAACCGGCUGAGCAAGAGCAGGAAGCUGUAGUGAGCGGGUCCAGGCGGCUGGACCUGCCCCUCCCCACAGGCGCCAGCCUUCCCUCCCCUUCCCCAGGCCUCAGUGGGCUGCUGGAGUUCCUGGCCUUGUCCAGAGGCCUCGGCCCCAAACCUAGGAAGGGAGGCUGUCCUCACGCAGCCUCUGCCAGGGCCUCAAACCUGCCCGGAGCUGUUGGGAGCCGGAGAGAACCUUUUGAGCUUCAGGAACUGAAAAGCCCAGGUGCAGGUGUCGGGCUUCAGGCAGGGCUGGAUUCAGGUGCUUCAAGAUAAAGACCUGUGUCCUGUCCGUCCCUGGAUCUUUACCCCCCUAGCCUCAGGUCUCCUGGCCAGCACCCCCGACACACACACACACUCAGCAAGUGGAGCUGGGCGAGGGGACUGCUCAGGGCAGUCCGUUGAGCUCAAAGGUCUGGUCCUCCCUCCCUCCCUCCCUCCCACUGAAGCCCAGGCUCAGCCUCCCACCUGGCCCUCCCCAGCUGCAUCAUGAGCCUGGUGGGCAGCCAGGUCCCUGCAUCCUCUCGCCCAGCCCAGCUGUGAGGUGGGCCUAGGAGCAAGACCCAAGCCCACCAGAUUGGAGGAGGGCAGGGGGGUGCCCAGUGAGGGGCAGCAGGGACCUCUCACAGGACUCUGCCCCACACAGGUCCACUGAUGGCCUGGGCCUGCCCCCUCCAGGCCCCUCUGGCUACAGACUGGACCCUGCAAGAGACCCUCAAAUUCUGCCCGGUCCCAGGGAGAUGAGAGCCCUCGUCCUCUCAGCAGGCUCUGCAGAAGGUGACCAGGCACCUACUCCCUGACUGGUCACAGAUGCAAACAUCCGUUCCUUCCUGAUUCUCAGGUUGUACCUGCCCUGCUUCAAGCCUGUGGCGGUUCUCCGCAGCACUCCAAGUAAAAGCCAGAGUUACAGUGGCCUCUGCGCCCUGCCCACCCUGCCUGGUCACCUCCCUUAACCCCUUCAUCCUCUGCUCCAGCCACAGGGACCCUCUGCUGAGCCUGUAAGACACCAGGCUUUUCCUGCCCCAGGGCCUUUGCAAGCUCUGCCCUCUGCCUAGACUGCUCUUCUCCCAGAUAACUCCCCAGCUGCUCCCUGCCACCUCCCCAGGUCCCCCAUUAAAGUUGCCGCACAACCA